AUCCGGUUACUGCUUCGUUCAUAUUUCAUGACUCAGAACGUCAAAUAUUGAAACGAAAUAUUAUUUAGAAAUUCUACGAAAGUAUUUUUGUGGUUAAAACAAAUGAAAAAAAUGAAUUAAUUUGAUGAAUGAUGAAGUACAUGUAAUUUGUAGAAAUAUAUUACAUUUUAAUUUUCUUUUCGUUUCCUAAAGAGGUUCGUUGAGAAAACGUUUCAGAAUAAAAACAAAAAUGUCGGACGAAGAAUUUAUGUGCGAAGAUGAAGAAUACGAUUUGGAGUAUUCAGAAGAAAGUAAUUCUGAACCAGAUGUGGAUCUAGAAAAUCAGUAUUAUAACUCUAAAGCUUUGAAAGACGAUGACCCUAAGGCAGCCUUGGAGAGCUUUCAGAAGGUAUUGGAGUUGGAAGCCAAAGAAAAAGGAGAGUGGGGAUUUAAAGCUCUGAAACAGAUGAUUAAGAUUAAUUUCAAAUUGAAUAACUAUGAAGAAAUGAUGAUACGAUAUAAACAGUUAUUAUUGUAUAUAAAAUCUGCCGUCACCAGAAAUUACUCUGAGAAAUCUAUCAACUCUAUAUUAGAUUAUAUCUCUACUUCAAAACAGAUGGAACUAUUACAGAAUUUUUAUGAAACAACACUGGAUGCUUUAAAAGAGGCGAAGAAUGAACGACUAUGGUUUAAAACGAACACAAAACUUGGUAAAUUAUAUUAUGACCGAGAAGAUUUUACCAAAUUACAGAAAAUAUUAAAACAGUUACAUCAGUCUUGUCAGACGGAUGAAGGUGAAGAUGAUUUAAAGAAAGGGACACAACUCUUAGAAAUUUAUGCUCUAGAGAUUCAGAUGUACACAGCCCAGAAAAAUAAUAAAAAACUCAAGGCUCUGUAUGAACAAUCAUUACAUAUAAAAUCAGCUAUUCCACAUCCACUUAUUAUGGGGGUCAUCAGAGAAUGUGGUGGUAAAAUGCAUUUACGAGAAGGCGAAUACGAGAAAGCUCACACUGAUUUUUUUGAAGCUUUUAAAAAUUACGAUGAAUCAGGAAGUCCUAGGAGAACAACAUGUUUAAAGUAUCUGGUAUUAGCCAACAUGUUGAUGAAAUCUGGUAUUAACCCUUUCGACUCACAGGAAACUAAACCUUAUAAAAAUGACCCUGAAAUCUUAGCCAUGACCAAUUUAGUUAGUGCGUACCAGAAUGAUGAUAUCAAUGAGUUUGAGAAAAUUUUAAAAACAAAUCGUAGAAAUAUUAUGGAAGAUCCCUUCAUUAGAGAACACAUUGAAGAUUUAUUAAGAAAUAUUCGAACUCAAGUUUUAAUCAAAUUAAUAAAACCCUAUACCAGAAUACAUAUUCCUUUUAUAUCAAAGGAAUUAAAUAUAGAUGCUAUUGAAGUUGAAAAUUUAUUGGUAUCUUGUAUCUUAGAUAGUACUAUAAAUGGAAGAAUAGACCAGGUUAAUCAAGUCUUAAAGCUUAGUAAAGAAUCAACUGGAAUCGGACGUUACGAUGCACUUGAUAAAUGGGCAACCCAGUUACAUAAUCUUCACCAUGCUGUUAUCAGUAAAAUGGCAUAGAUUGACUUUAAGACUGAAACUGUUAAAUUUUUUACAAAACUGUUUCUGAUCUGGAAUUGAUUUAAAUGGACAUAAAAUUUUAAGUCAUUAACUUGGUUGAUAAGUGUAUAUAUUCAUUCAUCAGUUGGACUUACCAGGUGCCAUGAGUAUUGAAUAGAAUCUCUAUAUAAGACGAUAUAUCCAUUAAACUAAGUUUUGAAAAACGCUUCAAAUGGAUUAUAACUUAGUUUUAUUGAAUUAUUGGAUUGUUAGAGGGCUUCUGUCGCAUAGUUUUGACACCAGGUAAGUCCACUGAUGAAUUAAGACAAAUUUUUAGCCAAGUUUAAAUAUUUCAAUUUUUUGAUCAUCCUAAGAUGUAGUUUACCUUUAAGACUUGCUGAAGCCUUUGUAAAUAAUAAAGAAGAUAUGGUGGAUAUCAUUUCGACAUGAACAUAAAGUCAAAAACUUUAUACUCCUGUCAACAGCUCAGAGAGUCAUAAAGUAAAAAGUGCUAAAAAUGAUAAAAUAAAGUUGUAUAUUAUUUCUAUCAGUA